AUGGCACUCGCAGGUCGGCCUCGGCUCGAGAUUGCAGCAGGACCUAGUCGCUUUAGCCGACUGGCAGGCACGCCGCUGGCCAACGAACUCGUCCAAUACCAUCUACGAUUCGAACAACUCAUCCAGCUACACCUCAAAGCACAAGUCCUGGCCAUCACGAUGCUCCGGUACCUCCUGCAAGGCUCUGGGCUUGCCCAGCAAGGGUCCAACACUAUCAAGGCACCAUUGGGCGCCUGGCAGGGUGCUUGGAAACGCCUUUACACAACAACGCAGCGCAGCGUCUCUCGACACGGUUCGAUCAGCUCUAAAGCAUCACGCCUCUCAGCGACUGCUUUUCACCCUUUGCGGCACGUAGGGCUGCGUACAGCAGCAGCACCUGGGUGGACGCCGGCGUCGAGAAGAGGCUUCCGCUUCACUGCUUGGAGACGCAAUGCUGCAAACGGGGAAAAGGCAGAGUCGUUAUCGCUGUCGCAACGACUGAAGAAACUGUUCAAGGACUACGGAAAGUCGGCUAUCGGCGUGUACCUGGCGCUCAGUGUUCUAGACUUUCCCUUCUGCUUCUUGCUGGUUCGCGUCGUAGGCACUGAUACUAUAGGCAAGAUUGAGCACGCCGUCGUAUCCACCGUCUCAAACUUCAUCCCAGAAUCCAUCCGGCAGAAGUGGCGCGACUACUGGCAAUCGGUCAAGAAGACAGAAACUGAUGCACUUGGCAAUGGGGAUGUUAGUGGAACAGUGGAGAUGAUGAGUUGGGGUGUUGAGAAGGCUCAGGAGCACCAUAACGAAGAAGCCAGCCUGGGAACGCAGUUGGCUCUAGCCUACGCCAUCCACAAAAGCUUCAUCUUCCUGCGAGUUCCACUAACGGCCGCGCUCACGCCCAAAAUUGUCAAGAAGCUUCGGUCCUGGGGCUGGAACAUUGGAAAGAAGGCAUAA